AUGGAGGGCAAAAAAACCAAGGGAAGGCAAAAGAUUGAGAUGAAGAUAAUAGACAAAGAGAGUGAUCGCAUGGUUACUUUCUCAAAACGUAGGUCUGGUAUCAACAAAAAAGCUAGUGAGUUGGUGACACUGUGUGGUGCUGAGAUUGGUAUGGUAUUUUUCUCACCAGCAGGAAAGCCGUUUUCAUUUGGUCAUCCCUCAGUUGAGUCUGUGGCCAACCGCUUCUUACAACAAAACCCUCCACAAGCCCAAGGUGAUAGUACCCGCCCUUUAAUGGAGGCUCAAUGGAGGUUGAGAAUCAAUGCGCUCAACCAACAAUGCGAUGAGCUUUUCAGGCAACUCGAGGCUGAGAAAAAGCGAGAAAAGGUACUCCAGGAACUGAAAAAGGCAAGAGGAAGCAACGGCUGGUGGGAGGUUCCUACUAAGGAGCUUAACUUUCAACAGCUACAACAAAUGAACGAAUCAUUGAAGGAGUUCCACAAAAAUCUGUGCACUAGUAUGAAGGAGAAGGUUAUAGCUGGGUUACCCUCUUCUUCUUCUUCUUCCACCUUUCUUGCUGAUAUUCCUGCGCAAGGAGCCAUCCCCUUUGCCCCUAAUGACAAUGGAACUAAUCCUCCAAGCUUUCCUCCUGGCUAUGGCUAUAAUUAA